AUGAUAAAUUCAAAUAACCUCCUGGUGCAGGUGGCGUGGCUCCAGCGAGAAGCACCACAUCUACCGAAAAAGAAUUUGGUUGAUCUCGUUCUCCAGCCUUUUCCAGAAAGCACACGGUUAUUAGGACGCACUGGAACUGGGACAAACGGAGAAAUAAGGAAUGGAGUUCUGGUGCUAAUACCGUCAAAUUCUGGAAACAGCAAUAUAAAUAACAGAAAUCUGAAUGCUCAGAAUAAUAAUAGUACUAGUAUCAAUACCAACGAUAGCAUCACCAAUACCAACAAAACCAAUAGUACUUAUAAUAACAAUAAUAGCAUAUCUAAUACCGGCGGUUCAGAUUUACGACAGACAGCAAACGCGAACAACAGACUGGAAAAUUCUCCCAAUCUUGAUACUCUCAGCGAUAGUGAAGUCGCGCUCUUGAAGAAAUUGAUAGAGUUACAGGAUAUGAAGCUAGCAUUAUAUGAUGAGCGCUUCAAAGUGAGCGAGUCGACUUCCAUAUCGUUUGAUGCAAAGAAAGAUUUCUAUAAGAAAACGUUUGAACCCAAGUCCAGUGCCAUAGAAGUCCAGAUUAACAAUGUGCGAAAGGAGAUCUACAACUCCAAUUCUUCACAUGUUCAAGUUAAUAACAGUAUCUCUGUACCGGAGAAGCUAUCGGUGCCACUGACAUUCCCUGCUUCUAUCAACUCUGUUCCAAUCGUUAAUGAAGUCGAGGAUGACUUUGGAGAAGGAACCAUGGAUGGAUUGAGAACCCCGACACAGGAGCGAGAUGAAGUCAACGAUUUGGGCAGCUUUAUUGCCGACGACUACUUGGAGUCUGAUGUUGAUGGUUCCUUCCAAAAUGAUUCUGACCAUUCAGAAGAAGAAACAGAAGGAGCAAUUGCCCCAGAUGAAAUCGAUGACAUAAGACUAUCGCCAGAUGUGGCAGGAAAAUUGGGUGUGCGGUAUGUUGAUCAACCAGCCCCCAUAGCUUUGGUAGAUCUGGAUUCUGAAUCUGUUCAUAAAGAAUAUGCGGAUGAUGAUUAUGACGAUGAUGAAAUUGAGGAAAUAGAAGACUUCACCACGCAAUUAAAUGAAGAAAGAGAAUUAAAUAAUGAUGUCAUUGACCUCAUUUCAGAUCAAGAGGGCGAAAAUGAUCUAUUCGAACAACAUCUCCCAACUAAUUUGGCAGAAUCAGGAACACAUUCAAAGGCACUCGGUGAAUCCACCAAUAUUGACAGACAUAUCGCGCCUAAGGUAGAAAGUGAUCUAGAAUUCAGUGAUGAUGAUGACGAAUUAAUGAAUAUAUUGAACAAUCAGCAGCCUAUCGUUGGAAAUGGACCUAAUAAAGAGAAUAUACCUCCGGGCUCUGAACAUUUCAUUGAUGAAGUAUACUCUGUAUUAAAUUCUGUCUUCAAAUUGCAGUCAUUCAGAUCAAAUCAAUUGGAAGCAGUGUGUGCUAGUUUGCAAUCUAAGGAUGUGUUUGUAUUGAUGCCAACAGGUGGUGGAAAAUCCUUAUGUUAUCAGUUGCCUGCGCUUGUGAAAGGUGGGAAGACUAAUGGUACAACUGUUGUUAUUUCUCCUUUAAUUUCAUUGAUGCAAGAUCAAGUUCAGCACUUAUUGGACAAGAAUGUGAAAGCAGGAAUGAUCAGUUCCAAAGCAACAGCAGAAGAGAAUAAACAAACAAUGCAUUUAUUCAGGGAGGGCUUUCUUGAUUUGGUAUAUCUUUCCCCAGAAAAAGCAAACACUUCUAAUGUUGUCCAAAAGAUAAUAAGCAAAUUGUAUGAAACCAACAGAUUGGCCAGAGUUGUGAUAGAUGAAGCACAUUGCUUGAGUUCGUGGGGACAUGAUUUCAGACCUGAUUAUCAGAGUAUGGGGCUCUUUAAGGAGAGGUAUCCCAAUGUUCCAAUAAUGGCCUUAACAGCAACGGCUAAUGAAAAGGUAAGAUUAGAUAUUGUCCACAAUUUGAAAAUGGAAAAUGCCGUUCUUUUGAAACAAAGUUUCAAUAGAACAAACUUGUACUAUGAAAUUAAGUGGAAAGCAGCCAACUACGUCGAAUGGAUAAAAGAUUACAUUUUGAAAAACCAGAAUAAUAAGACGGGUAUCAUAUAUUGUCAUUCGAAACAGUCCUGUGAACAGACAAGUGCUAAACUCAAUCUGUUCGGGCUUCAUACUGCUUUCUAUCACGCUGGAAUGUCUCCCCAAGAUAGAUUCGAUAUCCAAUCACAAUGGCAAACUGGAAGAAUUCAGUUGAUUUGUGCCACAAUUGCUUUCGGGAUGGGAAUUGAUAAGCCCGACGUCAGAUAUGUCAUCCAUUUAUUCAUUCCUCGAAGUUUGGAAGGAUACUACCAAGAAACCGGAAGAGCUGGAAGAGAUGGCAAACAAUCUGAUUGUAUUAUGUUUUACUCUUAUAAGGACGCUCGACUGCUUCAGAGUAUGAUACAAAGAGACGAAGAAUUGACGAAGGAAGGGAAAGAAAAUCAUCUUGCUAAGCUUAGACAGGUGGUUCAAUAUUGUGAGAACACAACUGACUGUAGAAGACAGCAGGUUUUGCAAUACUUCAACGAGUCUUUCAGCCCGGCAGAUUGUCGAAAGCAAUGUGACAAUUGCCAAAAUUCAACUGGUGUUUCAGUGGUCGAAAGAAACUGUACAGAGUAUGCCAAAAAUAUCAUAAAUUUGGUGCAAUCUAUCCAGGAAGAAAGAGUGACAGUACUUCAUUGCCAGGAUGUCUUUAAGGGAGCCAGAAAUAGCAAAAUUAUGAAAAUGGGACAUAAUCUUAAUCCGUAUCAUGGGAAAGGGAGCUCCUUGGACAAGACAGACGUCGAGAGAAUCUUUUUCUACCUAUUGAGUGAAGAGUGCCUUGUAGAAUACCAGAUCAUGAAAGGUGGAUUUGCGUCGAACUACGUCCGUACCGGCAAGAACGCAUACCAAGUUUUGAGAGGAAUGAAGCAGAUCCAGAUUCAAUUCAGCACUGAGAAAAGAGUACGGCAAAAUACUGGAAAUGCAUCAUCGACUACUAGUACAUCAGCAGUACACUCCAAUCUCAACAGUUUCAAAUAUCGUGAAUCGUUUGUCACAGCACGUGAGGUAUCGAGGAUGAACUCGAUGAAUAGUAAUGCUAAUCAUGCUUAUAAUGAGCUUAAUAAGAUAAGAAUUGAAGCUCUGUCGGAGAUUGGCAUCCCAUUGAGUCAGUUUGUCAGCGAGAUAUCUCUACGAGAAAUGUCUAAUAAAUUGCCGACGAACAAGAGAGACUUCUCUAAAAUUCAGGGUAUAUUAAAGGAACAAGUUGAAUAUUUCACUCUAUUCAAGAAGACGUUGGGUAUACUAUCUAGAGAAAGGAAAAAGCAAUCACCCAACUCGAGUUUUGUUAGUAAUUCAGACAUAGCCAGUGCUGGUGCAGAUAUGUCUAUUUCGCCAUAUUUUCCACCACCCCAACCUGAACGUCAUGUUUUGGAUAACCUAAGG